AUACUUCUUAGAAAGACUUGAGUUCAAGCAUAAAUUCUAAAGAUGUCACUUACUUACAAAGUUACAAGUCGUAGUGACACAUAUAAUUUUCUCCCUCCCCAAACUCCAAAUCUGUGCUCUGCAUCUCCUUCCACUUCCUCUCCUCUCUUCUCAAAACUCGAAUAACAAAAGCAGCAUCGGUGCCAACCAACCUCUCCUUCUCUGCUGCUUCUAUUCUUGGGCGGGCGCCCUUCCUGCCCUCAGGGACGGGCCUGGUAUUUGCUGAGCUAAAUGGCUACAAGGAAGAAUGUGAACACUCAUUCAAGUAGGAUUUUUAGUGACAGGAAGUGGAUUAUACCGUUCUUUGCAAGUCUACUCAUAUCAAUAACAUUUUUGUUAGCUAGUAUUUUUGGAAUUUAUUCACCUACUGUUGAUGAGGAUGCGUCAUCAAAGUUUGAUGGUAUGGAAGAUGGAAUAUCUGAGUUGACUGAUUAUUUUGUUGAAGACGACAUCAGGAGAUCAUUAACAUUGAGUGGGAAUUCAAAGAAUGAACCACCUCGAUUCGCGUAUCUUAUAUCGGGUACAAAAGGUGAUAGCCAAAGAAUCAUGAGAGUCUUGCAAGCAGUGUAUCAUCCGCGAAAUCAGUAUAUCUUGCAUAUGGAUUUCGAAGCUCCACCCAGGGAAAGAUUAGAUUUGACAAUGUCUGUCAAAAGUGAUCCCACGUUUCAUCAAGUAGAGAAUGUUCGCGUCAUGGAUAAGUCUAAUUUGGUGACUUAUAAAGGUCCAACAAUGAUUGCUUGCACUCUGCAGGCUAUUGCCAUUUUGCUAAGGGAAAAUUCGAAUUGGGAUUGGUUUAUUAACCUCAGCGCCUCGGAUUAUCCCCUAUUGACGCAAGAUGAUAUGCUUCAUGUUUUCUCCAACUUGUCAAGGAAUCUGAACUUUAUUGAGCAUAUGCAGAUGGUAGCUGGGUGGAAACUGAGCCAAAGGGCGAGGCCUAUUAUUGUUGAUCCUGGCCUUUACUUAUCCAAAAAAUCUGAUCUUGCUGUGACUAGCCAGCGCCGAUCACUUCCAACUGCUUUCAAGUUAUUUACUGGUUCAGCUUGGCUUGUAGUGACUCGAUCCUUUGUGGAAUAUUGUAUAUGGGGAUGGGAUAAUUUCCCAAGAACAAUCUUAAUGUACUUCACUAAUUUUAUCUCUUCUCCUGAAGGCUAUUUUCAUACUAUCAUUUGUAACAUUGAGGAGUUUCGUAGUACGGCAAUAGGUCAUGAUCUUCAUUAUAUUGCAUGGGACACUCCUCCAAAACAGCACCCUCGCAUUUUGUCGAUGAAGGACUUUGAUAAGAUGGUAAAAAGCGGUGCCCUAUUUGCUCGCAAAUUUGCGAGGAAUGAUCCAGUUUUAGACAAGAUUGAUAAAGAGCUUUUAGGCCGCUCAAACAGAUUUGCACCUGGUGCAUGGUGUAUUGGAAACUCAUCCAGUGGGGCUGACCCUUGCUUAUUACGAGGUAGCUAUUCUGAUUUUAAGCCAGGCCCUGGUGCUGGAAGACUUGAACAACUUUUGAACACAUUAACUUCUGAUGAAUUUCGGAGUAAGCAAUGUCCUUCUAACUGAUGAGUACAUUCUUUGUAAAGUUUUGUAUUUUGUAUUCAUACACAUUCCAGAAGAAUUCUGGUUGAAUGAGCAACAAAAGGUAUUCAAGAUCGUCUUUCUUCUGAGAA